AGACAAAGGAGGAGCAUCAACACUAAAAUUUCAGCAACAAUCUCAAUAAAAUAUACUCCAUAUUGUACAUUUCUGAAACUCGUCGAAUAUAAAGAAACCAAGAUGCAACAUCACCUUACACUUUGCACGCAUGUUUUGCCUUCUCUACACAACUGUAGAAUGUCACAAAGGAAAUCAAUCUAUGUCGCGAGCCAACCCAAGUGCAGCAGCCUAAAGAAGCAGGACAAAGUACGACUUAAAACUGCAUGGCCACCUAUCGCGCUCUCACUAUUUGGUUCGGGCUUCUUCUUGGGUCCCCUCAUUGAUGGUCUCCAUUCAAGGGUUGACCUCGUGGUUUAUCAAAGUGGUUCAGUUCAAAUUGGUCCUCUGCACACCAAUAUUUGGGUUCCUUUUCUACUGGGAUUGUUCUACUGCACCAUCGGAGUAUUUCAACUCUACUUAGAUGAAAGAGCAUCGCUCGACAUAAAUCCAGAAGAAAGCUUUAAGAAAACAGCUGUCUCACUAAUAUCAUUGGUGGCGUUUAUUGAGCUGAGUGCUGAGAUGUAUAGAUCAGGUGUCCCAGCCAACGUAGAAGCAUAUGCGUUGUUUGCAGCAGCAGGAUUCGUCUGGUUCCUUACUGAUAGGACAUGGUUUGGGUUUGCUCUCGCCUGCAUCAUAGGCAUUGCUUGCCCACUAGCUGAGAUACCAAUCAUGAAGUAUUUGCACCUAUGGUACUAUCCUCAGGCAAAUUUACAAAUCUUUGGCGAGGGACUUGUCAGCUGGACCAUCACUUGCUAUUUUGUUUACACACCAUUCUUGAUCAAUUUUUCAAGAUGGCUUAAAUCGAUUUUUCUUGCCCGUGGUGUGAAGAACGAGGCAUGAAUUUCUCAUCCAAUAUGCUGU